UUUCGUAUUAAAAUUCUCUUUAAAGAAAUUUAGGGCUUUAAAUUUUAAGGAAAAACCCGAACAUGUAAACAGUAAGGAGUGAAAGGACUAAUCCUCAUUUCUGAAUUAAGAUCAAAAUUCAUCAGCGGCUAUAUUUUUCUGCUGCGAGCCUGCGACGCUCCUUCUGUGGCGAUUUCCACUUUGGAUUUCUCUAUCAUUCACUCAAACCAGAAGAAGGGGGGGGGGGGGACCGAUUGAGAGGGAGAGAGGAAAAUAUCGAUUUAUUGAUAGAACUCCAAGAACAUCUAGGCAGAAUGAUUCUGAAAUACUCUCCAUUUCUAUCUGUGACAAGGUACGCUCCUUCAAUAUUGCGUUAUUAUAUCGAUUCUUCCUCACAGAACCCUACAUCUCUUAUACCCCGAUUGUUCUGCUCUCUAAACACGGCCGACGGCGAUGACGGCGAUUCCGGCGAUGUGGAUAUAAUUUUCCAUAUUAUUAGCAGCGCUUCCUCGACCCAGAACUUGAAACAGUCUCUCAAAGAGAGUGGCAUCUUUCUUUCAAAUGAUUUGAUUGAUAGGGUCUUGAAAAGGGUUAGAUUCGGCCAUGGGAAUCCUUUGCAGGCUUUGGAAUUCUUCAAUUACACUGGGAAGAAGAGGGGUUUUUUCCACACACCUUUCUCCUACGAUACUAUGCUUUAUAUCUUGGGAAGAAACCGCAAAUUUGAUAAAGUUUGGGAGCUUCUGGUCGAAAUGCGCUGGAAAGAUCAGUCUUUGAUUACAACCCGUACUGUUCAGAUUGUUCUUGCCCGGAUUGCUAAGGUCUGUUCCGUCCGGCAGACUGUCGAAAGCUUCCGAAAGUUUCGCAAGAUGGUUCCCCAAUUCGAUACUACCUUCUUCAAUGCUCUCCUUAGGACCCUCUGUCAAGAGAAGAGCAUGAGUGAUGCUCGUAACGUAUAUCAUAGUCUCAAACAUGAAUUCCGCCCCAACUUGCAGACUUUCAAUAUACUCCUGUCGGGCUGGAAAACCUCCGAAGAAGCUGAGGGGUUCUUCGAAGAGAUGACUGAAAUGGGCGUUAAACCUGAUAUUGUCUCAUACAAUUGCUUGGUCGAUGUUUACUGUAAGGGUCGAGAACUGGACAAGGCAUAUAAGGUGUUUGAUAAAAUGAGGGAUGAGGAUAUUUCCCCCGAUGUGUUCACCUACACUAGUCUUAUUGGUGGGUUAGGAUUGAAUGGUCAACCUGAUAAAGCCAGAGAUGUUCUAAAGGAGAUGAAAGAGUAUGGCUGUUACCCUGAUGUUGCAGCCUACAAUGCUGUUAUAAGGAACUUCUGCAUUGCAAAGAGGCUUGGUGAUGCUUAUAACCUGAUGGAUGAGAUGGUACGUAAAGAUCUGAAUCCAAAUGCCACUACUUAUAAUUUGUUUUUUCGGUGCUAUUAUUGGUCCAACGACCUGGGAAGCUCAUGGAGUUUAUAUCAAAGGAUGAUGGAGACUGGUUGCUUGCCAAACACUCAGUCUUGUAUGUUUCUGAUCAGAUUGUUUCGGAGGCAGGAGAAGGUAGACAUGGCACUUCAUCUCUGGAACAAUAUGGUAGAGAAGGGUUUUGGGUCUUAUAUUUUGGUAUCGGAUGUGUUGUUUGAUUUACUCUGUGAUUUGGGAAAGUUGGACGAAGCAGAGAAAUGUUUCUUGCAGAUGGUUGAGAAGGGGCAGAAGCCAAGCAUUGUUUCCUUUAGGAGGAUAAAGGUUCUAAUGGAACUAGCUAACAGGCAAAAAGCCCUUCAAAAAUUGGCAGAAAAGAUGGAAGCUUUUGGACCAUUGCCUCGAAUAGAUGAGGAAAGAUUCAAGAGUCCGAUAGAGCCGCCAUAUUCAGAAGCACUCUCCGGUUGAAUUAGGACUACUGUGUGAUGGUUUGGAAACAUCUGUAUAUGAACAGAUCAAACAUCAAGGAUUUGCAGAGUUGGCCAUAAUUUGCUGGUUUUGGUGCAAGGAAUGGAAUUAGAGGAUUAUGUUAUUCAUUCUCACUACUGGCAUUACCGCGUUAGAGCAUAGGCACACACCUUUUCUUCCUCAAGGUCCAGAGACUGAACGGGCAGCCACUGUUUAUCCCGGAUGAUUGGAAGCAUGCACUAUAGGUUUGCAAUGACACCCUGUUUCAGGAACCACAUUCUUAUCGAGUCGUGGAUGUGGCCCCAUCAUUAGUCACUUUGAAGCUGAAGUUUACUGUCCAGGGCAUGAAGAAUAAAAAAUCAAAUCCCAUUUCCAAGCUGGAUACGAGGGCUUCCUCAACAGUGUCUGAACCAAUGUUCACAUUGGCGGGAGAGUUUCUCAUAAAAAUAUAGAGAGUUAUGGUAUGUUUCAAAGGAAGGGAACAGGUGUUUCUUGAGGGCUAUGUUUGGUAGCCAAGAAAAGGAAAAAAAAAAAAAAAAAACUCAAAAUUUCUUUAAUUUGAUGAGAAAUAGACACAAUCAAUUCUGUAACGUAGCCAAGGAAAGAAAAGGAAAAAAAAUU